GGGAACCUUUAAAUUUCAAACGUACAAUUAUGACACAUGCAUCGCGUUUCCCUUUUGGGAUGUGUUAUUGGGUUUGCUGCUGCCCAAGUCAAGGAAUCCAACUGAGUCUUCUUGUGCCGCAGGUUCCUGUCCAACAGUCCAAAGAUGAUGUCCGUGCUGUGGUAUUUUGCAUGGCUGCUGGUGUUUUGCACCAAAAACCCAGCUUGGGCUUUUGACAUCAUCUCCACCAAGUCUGACUAUCACGCAGUCGAAGGAUCAAACGUCACACUUUCCUGCAAAUUCACACAUGACGUCGAUGACAUCUCAAACAGAAUUAUAAUUAGGUGGUAUUUCAAGUCUCCAGAAGAAAAGAAGACAGAGAUUUUAAAGUAUCACGGAGGCCAACUUGAUAUUGACCCAAACUACAGCAGGGUUCACUUCACCACUCCUGAACCCGGCCAUGGAAAUGCUUCCAUAGAGAUUAGUGACCUGCGUAUGUCGGACGAGGGGAUCUACCAGUGCAGCCUGAAGUGCCAGCUGAAAGUGGGUUCUCGAAUCACCAAAACCAUGAUUCGGUACACGAACCUGAAAGUCACGGAGAAGCCGAGCGCACCGGUUUGUGCCGUGGGAGGCGACGAUCCUCUGUGGGGCAAUGACGUGACGCCCCAAUGCCAAUCCUCACAAGGCACCCCUCCGCCCCCCGCUGAAUUACAGCUGGAAAGAGAUGAGUGAAAGCCAGACGUUGCCUCCUGACGCCAGUGGGGGCGCCAUAGGAGGGAAGUUGAUUGUAAAAAGGAUCUCCGAGGCUUAACUGUGGUAGCUAUCGUUGUACGGUGGAAGAUCUGGUUGAGACCCAACUCUGCAUAUGUCGGCAGACUAAUUAGGAGCCUUUGUUUACUUACUUACUACUAAAAGACAAGUUGUGUCGUAAGUUCACUACUUUACUUAAGGACAAACUUGCAAUAAUAAACAUAUGUUUCAUGUACCCUUAAGAUUUUUUGUUCAAAUAAAGCCAAUAAUGCAU